GAAAACGCAACCGGGUGAGGGAGCGCUUCCGCCCGGAGAGCGCUGGCCGGGUUGAGGCGCCGGCUUUCCCGGGUCUUCUCCAGCUGCCACCGCUUUACUGCAAAACUGACGGGCGCAAAAACAUGAGUGACUCCGCGGGAGGGCGCGCUGGUCUCCGGCGUUACCCCAAGCUCCCAGUGUGGGUGGUGGAGGAUCAUCAGGAGGUUCUACCCUUUAUAUACCGGGCCAUAGGCUCAAAGCAUCUUCCUGCCAGUAAUGUAAGUUUUUUACAUUUCGACUCACAUCCAGACCUCCUUAUUCCUGUGAAUAUGCCAGCAGACACCGUGUUUGAUAAGGAAACACUCUUUGGAGAAUUAAGUAUUGAAAAUUGGAUUAUGCCUGCAGUUUAUGCUGGCCAUUUUUCACAUGUAAUAUGGUUUCAUCCCACAUGGGCUCAGCAAAUCAGAGAGGGCAGGCACCACUUUUUAGUAGGCAAAGACACUUCUACCACAACAAUCAGGGUUACAAGUACAGAUCAUUACUUCCUAAGUGAUGGUCUGUAUGUACCUGAAGACCAGCUAGAGAACCAAAAACCUUUACAAUUGGAUGUAAUUAUGGUAAAACCUUAUAAACUCUGUAACAAUCAAGAAGAAAACGAUGCAGUGUCUUCUGCUAAGAAACCAAAGCUAGCCCUGGAAGAUUCGGAAAACACUGCCUCUACUAACUGUGACUCUUCUUCAGAAGGACUGGAAAAGGACACAGCAACACAGAGAAGUGACCAGACUUGCCUAGAACCAUCAUGUUCACGUUCUUCUGAAAAUCAGGAAUGCCAGACUGCUGCCAGCACUGGGGAAAUUCUGGAAAUUUUGAAGAAAGGGAAGGCAUUUGUUUUAGAUAUUGACUUGGAUUUUUUUUCAGUCAAGAAUCCCUUCAAAGAAAUGUUCACUCAGGAAGAGUACAAAAUCUUACAAGAGCUGUACCAAUUUAAGAAACCUGGCACCAACCUAACAGAGGAAGAUUUGGUAGAUAUUGUUGAUACUCGAAUUCAUCAAUUAGAGGAUUUAGAAGCCACUUUCGCUGAUUUGUGUGAUGGUGAUGAUGAAGAAACGGUACAGAGAUGGGCCUCAAACCCUGGAAUGGAAUCACUAGUUCCCCUUGUACAGAGUUUGAAAAAACGGAUGGAAGUACCAGACUAUGAAAUGUUCCCAGCAAGUUCUUCAUCUCCAUCUGAGACCACCUCAGCCUGGAUUUCAUUGUCCAUGUCAUUAUCAGCAUUUUGGUCCAAGCCAUUCAACAAGUCUCUAGGAAGUUCCAAACUGUCCAACAUUUCCCUGCCUUCUUCUGAGCCCUCCAAACUGUUCCAACCUCUGCCAGUUCCAAAGUUGCUUCCACAUUUUCAGGUUCACCAGGCUGGUUUAACCUGCGAUUAUUCAGAACUUCCUCACCAUAUCAGCACAGAACAAGAAAUAGAGUGUCUUAUUCAAUCUGUGCAUUAUUUACUGAAAAAUUUACCAAAUCCUACUCUUGUGACAAUUGCAAGGUCAAGUCUGGAUGAUUACUGUCCUUCUGACCAAGUUGACACUAUUCAAGAAAAGGUCCUCAAUAUGCUACGUGCCCUCUAUGGAAAUCUAGACCUCCAAGUGUAUGCAGCAGAGUCUCCUCCAUCUUGAAACAAACAAAACAUUAGGCUCCUGUUGUAUCUUGGUUUAGUAACAGGCCUUUAAUUAACUUAUUUGUAAAUGAGUCUUCCAGAGAACACUGUUUUAUAUUAACUUUCAGUUGAAAUCCUUCAGAUAUUUUGAAUCUCUAAACAACCAUUGUCAGUUGUGGAAUGAUGGUAAAUUUUUUGGCAUCAAGUCUAAUAACCCCAACUGAUAGAACUGUUGCUUAUCUGUCUUCCUUAAGUAUUUUUUAGGGUUUUGUUAUUUGCUUUUUUUUUUUUUUUUUUCACUUUUCCCCCAGGUCUAUUGGGCUGUAUGAGAUUCAUUCAUACUUCAUUUAUUCAUUCAACUAAUAUUUAUUGAACACUUACAUGUACCAGACAUUAUUAAGUGCUGGGUAUAUGGUAAUGAACAGAAUAGACAAGGCCCCUGCCCUUUUAGGGGAGACAGAUGAGAAGUAAAUUACAGGUUAUGAGAAAUGUUAUGAAGGAAAGGACAACAACCGACAUGUCUUAGUACUUAGGGUAUCAUGGCUUUAUAGGAAAGUAACAUUCUCUCUCUUUUUUUUUUUUUUAAUUUUAUAAAAAUAGAGAUGGGGUCUCACCAUGUUACCCAGGCUGGUCUCAAACUCCUGGGCACAAGCAAUCCACCUGCCUUCACCUCCCGAAGUGCUGGGAUUACAGGUGUGAGUCACUGCCCCAGCCAGAAACUAACAUUCUCAAAAGCUACUACCAAAAAAACCCCACAAAUUUGCCAAUCCAUGAAAGUAUCAUAGGAAGUCUACCUUUCCAAGGAAUUUGGCAUUGUGGCCCUGCUCUUGCCAAAUGCUCUCCAGCAUUGUUGGUAUCAAGGUGGUCUGGUUGAGUAAACUUGACCAAACAAAAAUUAACUGUUUUUUGCUUUUCUGUUUUUGUUUUGCUGAUCAAAAAAGCCCUUCAGGGUCUUUUGUGCCUCCAGGAGGUCGUUGUAGAUAUCAAUAAUAUAGUGCCUAAGUGCCACUUUAUUGGCAAGUCUAGAUUGAUACUUUUUUCAGAUAAACCAGCUUUUUAUGUAAAGAGUAAGGGAAAAAGUUAAAUCUUUAAUUCUGACCUGCCAUAAAUACCCAAAGAUAUAAACUGUCUUCCACCACCCCCCUCAUAACUAAGACAUCCUUCCUGAGUCACUCUUAAUCAUGAAACUUGAUUUUCUCAAUUGGCCAGUCUUCUGAUCUUUAGUAUCUCUUUAGUUCAGUAAUUUUUACCUACCUACUUGAUUUAUUUUCCUUUAAAAGGUGAAAUGACAUUUAAAGAAAAACACCCAUCAUUCCUCAGUCCCAACACAGCAGUUCUUUUCACUCUUGCUUGUAACUUUCAGGCCUUACCCACAUGUGUUCCUAUAGAGUUGCAUGUAGCUAAAAUUAUAGUGUGCUGCCUAACUUUGUGCUAAUAACCAAGGACACACAUUAUCAUUGCCUCUCAGUGGAUGGCACCUGACCCCAUUUUUCCAAGGAUUCUAUUUUCCAGUGAAUUUUUGUCAACGAGUUAAUUUCCCAAGUCUGAUAGCAUGAAUGCUUAUUUGUGCUGUGAAAAGCAGAGCAGCCUGACUCAGCUUUCCAUUUUCAUAGGAUAAUAUGUGCCAAAAAAGGUUUAUUUUCUUGGUAAAAUCAGAAUUGUAGAAUUGUGCUAUUUUUAAUUUUUUAAAUGUUUGGUUAGAGCUUAUAGACAUUACUUUUAUGAUUAUUUUGUGUGCUAAAUAAGUUAAAGGGUAUGUUUUGAACUAUAGCACUAAUUAAUGUGUGUGAUCUUAGUAUAUUGAUAGCUUUGAUUUUGUGAGUGGUUUACUAGUCAUUUAUUAUGAUUCCCAUGAACUCUGAUAUGAUUCAUUGUGGUUUUAACUCAGGUUGAAUAAAAGCAUCCAUUUCUUUUA